AUGUACGAGGCCUAUUGGAAAGAAAUCGGAGAGAAGUGCGACGUGAGCAUCACAAUCCCUAUAAAUCAAUCCAUGAGUUAUUUUGCCAAUUCCAAAAGCUUUUGUUGGUUUUUGGAGCCAAAGCUCGAGGAACAAAUCAAGAGGGUUCAUACUAUUGUUGGCAAUGCUGUAGUAGAAGAUCGAUACAUUAUUGUUGGGACAGGAUCAAGUCAACUUAUUCUCGCGGCAAUGUACGCCCUCUCGGAUCGACUGAAUCAUCCUAAUCCUAUCGAUGUUGUCGCCGCCACUCCGGCUUAUUCGUCGUAUUCGGAGAUGGUUACUUUCUUGCAAUCGGGGCUACUAAAAUGGUCGGGCGAUGCUCGUCGCUACGACAAAGAUGGACCGUAUAUAGAGAUGAUCACGUCUCCGAAUAAUCCAGAUGGUACUAUCAGAGAGCCUGUGGUGUCUAACCACAAAGGAAAAGGCAUGACUGUUCAUGAUCUUGCUUACUAUUGGCCUCAAUACACUUCCAUCACUUCCCCGGCCGAUCAAGAAAUUAUGCUCUUCACUCUCUCCAAAUGCUCGGGCCAUGCUGGAUCGCGUAUUGGGUGGGCACUUGUGAAGGAUGAAACUACAGCGAAAAAAAUGAUGAACUUCUUGGUGCUGAGUUCCAUUGGAGUGUCGAAAGAGUCGCAGCUCCGAGCUGCUAAAGUGCUGGAAACCAUUAAUCUGAGUUGCCAAAGUGACAAGCCAUUUGAGGUCGAGAAUUUCUUCGAGUACAGCUAUGGAGUCUUGGCACAAAGGUGGAAUAGUCUUCGAGAUGUCAUUGCCAAGAACAAAGUCUUCAGUGCCCCCAAAUACCCCAUUCACUACUGCAAUUUCUUCAAAAAAUUCACCCAUCCAUGCCCCGCAUUUGUGUGGCUGAAAUGCAAAAAUGGCGUCGACUGCGCAAAUUUGCUGAGGGAGUAUAAGAUUUUGGCGAGAAGUGGCGCGCGAUUUGGCAGCGAGGCAGAGUAUGUGAGAGCGAGCAUGCUGGGGUUAGAUGAGGAGUUCGACUUGUUCUUGGAGAGGCUCUCAGCUAUAGAUUUACUUGAUGGAUGAAUGAGUGAGAAGAGCUUUUAAUUAAGUAUUUUGGAUUAUGCAUGAUUAGUAAAAGUACUAUGUUCUUUUCAUAUAUAUGAUUAGUGCAAUAUAUAUAUAUAU